AUGGCGGCGAUGGUCAGACUCCAUCGCCAAACUGACCAAAUUGUCGAGGAGUCGUAUCGACGGAAAAAUGAAGCUGAAAAUCAACGUGAAAAGGAAUUUGUUGCUGCUCUUAAAAUACAGGCAUGGUUCAGAGGAUCACGAACAAGAGCUUAUAUGACGCAUCUAAACAACAGCGCCAACACAAUACAGAAACGAUGGCGAGGGUAUCUUGGGCGCCGCUACUUCAGAAUUCUUGUCAAAAAUAGUGUACUUAUCAUGAAGCUGAAUCACUACAAUGAAAAAGCAACAAAGAUUCAGAAGAUGUGGCGUGGAUACUACACAAGGAAAUAUGUGUUUAAUUAUUACAGCAGGAAGCGGUAUUUGGAAGCCCUACAAAUCAAAAAUGAAAUUGUCAGAAGUGAGUUGGAGGAGUAUGCAGAACAACAGGCACAGAUAGCACAUAAGAAACUGGAGGUAGAGGAAUCAAAGAAGAGAGAGCAUGAGGCACGCAAGUACCACUAUCUGAUCAGCACAGAGGUCAUCCCAGGCAUCUUCAACUCUCCGUUCCUGCCGUAUCCAUCAGAGAAAGAAUACAUCUUACGGAGUGUUAAACCUUUAGUGCACAAAAAGAAAAAAGCACUUCAUGAUCCAUAUGAUCCAGUAUGCAGGAGUUAUGACCUACCUAAGCCAAAGCAAUUACCUCCCCUGACACAAAAACCCCAGGGACCGUUCCGCGAUCCUACGGAUGUACAGAAGCAGCGCUACAAGCCAUUCCAGCAGACAUUACGAGUAGCCACCUCAUUCACUGCCCUGGAAGAGGCUAGACAAGAAAUGAAGGCAGAGGAGUGGGUCACUAGACUCAAUGAUAAUGUAUUUGUGCCGUUUACCAAAAAGGAUCAGAGAUAUGAGCCAAUGCUGCACACAACAUCACAAUAUGGACAUCUACCGUUUGGUACCCGUUUUUACCGUGAGGAGUUUCUGGACAAACACAUUGUUCCUAAGCCUUUCAAGACCUUGGUUCCCUCCAUUCCCAUAUUUGACAAACUCAAUGACACCUACUCUCAGGGCCAGGUGUGACCAACUGCAUUGCUAGGUUAAAGAGACCAAACUGGACAUAUCAAGACCACUGCUUAAAGCAGAACAUUUAUAAAAUUCACAGUUAAUACUGGUCACUAGGUUCCUUUCAUGCUGAUGAAACAGUGUAUACUUAAAAGAGCAAGUGUACGUUUGAAACUAUUGGAGUUUGAGGGUAGGCUAUCUUCAUUUCUUCAGGUGUUAACCUGAUCGGAUACAUGACACUUCCUGGGACAUGUAAUGGAUUAUAUCACUCAGA